AUGAUGUUACCGAGUCCCGUCACCUCCACACCCUUCUCUGUCAAAGACAUCCUCAACCUGGAGCAACAGCAGGACCCGCACUAUGGGGCCCAGCUCCCGCACCACCUGGAGCACCACUUCCACCCAGCUGCCUGCCUGCUGGCGGCCGCCGACGGCGCCCGCUUCUCCGACGGCGAGGAGGAAGAGGAGGAGGAAAAGCUCUCCUACCUGAGCCCCAUGGCAGCGCCCGGCAGUCAGGCGGACGCGCGGAUCUCCGCCGACAACUACGUUCACGCCGUACUGCGUAGCUCCUGCGAGGCUCCCGGCGCGGGAGAAGAGCUGGACGCGGCGGUCCGAGACCCAAAGAGCUGUGUUUUGAAGAAGCCGCUGGACGCAGCGGAGAAGGCGGAGGAGACGGAGAGGCCGAAGCAGCGGAGCCGGAGGAAGCCGCGCGUACUCUUCUCCCAGGCGCAGGUCUUCGAACUGGAGCGUCGGUUCAAGCAGCAGCGUUACCUGUCGGCGCCCGAGCGGGAGCACCUGGCCAGCAGCCUCAAGCUUACCUCCACGCAGGUGAAGAUCUGGUUCCAGAACCGGCGUUACAAGUGCAAGCGGCAGCGGCAGGACAAGUCGCUGGAGCUGGGCGGCCCCGCGGCCCCGCCGCCGCCGCGCAGGGUGGCCGUGCCCGUGCUGGUUCGUGACGGCAAGCCGUGCCUCGGCGGGUCGCAGGGCUACAGCUCUGCGUACAACGGGCCCUACUCCUACAAUGGCUUCCCCGCCUACGGCUACGGCAACGCUGCCUCCUACAACCCCGGCUAUGGCUGCACCUACCCGGCGGGCACCGGCGGCGCGUCCAUGCAAGCCGCCUGCAGCCCGGCGGCGGCCGCCAGCCCCUUCGUGAACGUGGGCGGCCUCGGGGGUUUCAGCGGCGGCGGCCAGCCGCUGCACCAGCCGGCGGCGGGGCCUUCCUGUGGCCAGGGCGCACUGCAGGGCAUUCGGGCCUGGUAGCCCGCACGCACUGAGGGUCGGGAGCGGACCGACAGGACGGCCCGGCGGCUCCGCGGCCCCGUUAGCACCCGCACCGCGGCCCGGCUGCGCGCCACGCGCCCUGGACCGGAGGCGGCGGCGGGACGG